GGUAGUGUAGGAAUUUCCGGUUACGUCAGGGCGUCAGGACUCCAUUAGAGCUGCAGCUGUUUAGAGAAACAACAACAAAAACGGGCUACCUGACAGAGCUCCCAUAGUGACAGUCCGCUCUGAGCCCCACAACGAAGCCUAAAUCUGGAAGCUAAACCUUCAUUUCCCACCCGGAGCUCCGCCGGCUUCUAACCACGGCCGCUCUCGGUGAGGAAACUCUGGCCUCCGCUUCCUCCUCCUCCGACUCGGACACCGGCGGAGCGUCGCCGCCCCCGCGGAAGAAGCACCGAGCCUCGGCGGCGGAGGGAGCAGGAGAGCCCGGGGCUUCAGCAGUUGUAACAGGCCUGUCCGGAGUUGUCCUAGGACUUGCAGCACACUCUCAAGCCACCUCUGCCAUCCACUUUAACCGAAGUAUUGUCAACAACCUUAGCAGCAGCAUGCAGUCAAACGGGGCAGGUCAGGGACAAGAAUCAGCAGAGCUCUCCUGCCUCAACAGCGCACAAAACGGGGAGUCUUCCUCGGCUGGCGGAACCCACUCCAAUGGGUUACUCUCCAGCACAGACAACGGGAAUAGUGUCGGUACCAGUAACGGGUCUUCAACCUUGCCCGGUUCUUCGGCUCCCUCCACAGCUUCGGGCUCAGAGGUCGGGUCGUUGAAAAAGAAGAAACGACUUUCGCAGGCGGAGGAAGAUGUCAUUCGAUUAAUAGGGCAACAUCUCCACGGAUUAGGGCUAAAUCAGACAGUCGACCUGCUGAUGCAGGAAUCGGGCUGCAGACUGGAACACCCUUCAGCUACCAAGUUCCGCAACCAUGUCAUGGAGGGGGAGUGGGACAAGGCUGAGAAUGAUCUCAAUGAGCUGAGAGCACUGAUGCAUUCUCCCAAUGCUAUUGUGCGGAUGAAGUUCCUACUUCUGCAGCAGAAGUACCUUGAGUAUCUGGAAGAUGGCAAAGUCCUGGAGGCACUUCAGGUGCUCAGAGGCGAGCUGACGCCACUCAAGUACAACACGGAUCGCAUCCACGUCCUCAGCGGGUACCUAAUGUGCAGUCACGCUGAGGAUCUGAGAGCCAAGGCAGAAUGGGAGGGCAAAGGCACUGCCUCACGCUGUCGACUGCUGGACAAAUUGCAAACAUACCUUCCACCCUCUGUGAUGCUACCCCCUCGACGGCUGCAGACUCUUCUGCGACAAGCAGUGGAGCUGCAAAGGGACCGCUGCCUCUAUCAUAACACCAAGCUGGACAGUAACCUGGACUCAGUCUCUCUUCUCUUAGACCAUGUUUGCAGCAGUUUCAUUUUUCUCCACAGGAAGCAGUUCCCCUGUUACACCCAGCAGAUUCUCACAGAGCACUGUAAUGAAGUGUGGUUCUGCAAAUUUUCAAAUGAUGGCACCAAACUAGCCACUGGCUCCAAAGACACUACUGUCAUAAUUUGGCAAGUGGACCCGGAGAGCCACCAGCUGAAGCUGCUACGAACCCUGGAAGGUCAUGCGUACGGUGUCUCCUAUUUAGCCUGGAGUCCAGAUGACACCUACUUGAUCGCCUGCGGACCUGAUGACUGCUCUGAGCUGUGGCUCUGGAAUGUGCAGACGGGGGAGCUGCGGACCAAAAUGUCCCAAUCCCAUGAAGACAGUCUGACCAGUGUGGCCUGGAACCCAGAUGGCAAACGUUUUGUUACUGGAGGACAGAGGGGACAGUUCUAUCAGUGUGACCUGGACGGUAACUUGUUGGACUCGUGGGAGGGUGUGAGAGUGCAGUGCCUGUGGUGCCUGAGUGAUGGCAGGACUGUGCUGGCCUCAGACACACACCAACGUAUCCGGGGGUACAACUUUGAGGACCUCACGGACAGAAACAUAGUUCAGGAGGACCACCCUAUCAUGUCUUUUACUGUUUCAAAGAACGGAAGAUUAGCUUUGUUAAAUGUAGCAACUCAGGGAGUGCACCUGUGGGACCUGCAAGACCGGGUACUGGUGCGGAAGUACCAAGGAGUGACCCAGGGCUUCUACACCAUCCACUCCUGCUUUGGAGGACACAAUGAAGACUUCAUUGCCAGUGGCAGUGAAGACCACAAAGUGUACAUCUGGCACCGGCGUGGUGAGCUACCCAUUGCUGAGCUCACAGGCCAUACACGCACUGUUAACUGUGUGAGUUGGAACCCGGCAAUCCCAGGACUCAUGGCUUCUGCCUCAGAUGACGGCACGGUGCGUGUCUGGGGUCCUGCACCGUUCCUCGACUCGCAAGAGGCAGAUGGACUCAACGAAAACUGCAGUAACAUGGACAGUUGAUGGUCACUAAUGCAGCGGAUGAUAUCUCUCUGUAACAUCAAAUUCAAGAAUCCCACAAUAAAAACCAGAUGUAAACGGGCCAACAAAAUCCAGCACCAACCUAAAGCAAACAGAAGUUUAAACAGAAGCCUCCAAGACAAAAGAGAAAACAAGAGUCAGAAAACAUAGUCUCCUGGAUGGCCUUGAUAAAACGGCAGAGGUGAUGAUGAGCACUCUGAAAAAUUCAGGUCCUCAUCCAAAAAACCUGAUCCCGACCCAGAGGCCUGGAAAACCAGUCAAUGCACAGUGGGAUCUGACCGACCGCCAUCCACCGGUGAGCUGUAUUGGCUGUCCUCCUCCAACUUCUUCCUUCAUCUCGUCGCAUGGCAGAGGCCGUGCCUAGUUCUUCACAAAAUAUCCAAGAAAACCCACAUCCACCUUGAGCUUUGGAGCACAUCAAGUCCUCGUGAUGCCUCCAGGCAGACACCGCAGACCAGCCCUCUACUCAUUGGACUACAUCUGUCUGCCUGUUUGUCUCGCACGUACCUGUAUAAUGUCUCCAUGGACAGGGGUGGGGUGUUGUUGGGGGAGGAUGGUGCGUAGGGGGAUAUAGCAACUCUUCUGUAUGUAUGUUUUCCUCUACUCCUCUCUCUUGCUAUAUUCUUGGCAUUUGAUCUUUUGGACAAAAAGGCUGAAAGUCCUAUGUUAAAAACAAACACCAACCAACCAACCAGCUGACAAAGAACACAAAAAAGGCUAUGCUAAAUGUUGGGAUUUUUUUAUGAUAGUCAUAGCGUUAUUCUCAUUUAAGAGGUGAAUCUUAGCUCGAGUAGUGCCCGUGGAAAGCUUUAGCGUGAAGAUUCCACUUUCUGUUUCUCAAGAUUAGGAAAACAAACUUUUUAUUCCUUAAUUUAACUUCUAACAAGGACAGUUGCUGUAAUGUUUCCAACUGACAGUCCCCUCCAAACCCCUCUGUUGAGCUAGCUACCGCACAACUCCAUUACAUCUGCCUAAGAGGAGAAGUACAGAGGGAUUCACAGGUCACAUAUCAGUGGUGAGAGGGUCAGACGUUGUUGGUGAUGUGGGGUUUCCACUGUCAGGACAUAUACAAUGACCUUUCUCAAAAAAAAAAAAAAAAAAAAAGACAUGCUCUCAGAUGUGAAAGUGCACAUCAUUCAAGUGCAACUUAAACGGCACACUGACAACUGCUGUCCCUCCUCUGUGAGUGUGUGUGUAUGUGUGUGUGUGUGUGUGACUGAGUGAGAGUGAAUGAGUGAGAGCAGUAAUGCAUGCACAUGUUGGUGUGAGAGUUGACAUUUGUGGGUGCAGGUUUAAUUGGCGUGUGUUUUUGUAUGUGUGUUCAGUUCACACCAGCAGAAGAUUCUUGCCCCCCCCCCCCCUCCUGUGAUCCUAAUCCCAUAGUGAAAUUGUAAAGAGGAUUUUAAACCAAUUCUAAGUUAUCCAAAGCCCCAUAGGGACCUCUAUCUGUGGAACAAAGAGUACUCGAGAGCCAUUUUGUAAAAGGAAAACUUUUUUUUAAUCUGGGGCUUUAAUUUUACAUUUGACAUUUUUUUCCUCCUUACCAUGUGGCAUUCAAUGGCACUGAGUUAUUGGCAUUGAUUCAUAUUUGUCGGUGAAACAAAUGGAAAUUUGUGGGAAAAAAAAGCAAUUUGAAAGAGGCAUGUUUCAAAAAAAGCUGUAGAGUGUUGUGUUAUUAGCAAAGGGUCAUUUCAUAUGAGAAGGUAAUGAUUGUAAUUAUUGGAUGAGUAGUUAGCACAGCCUUAGAGAAAUGAGGCACCAAUAACCAGAACCACGCUCUGAGCCCCACUGUGUUAAGGGAGUGUUGUUGCAAUUCUAAAAUACACACAGACUGCCUUUCUGUUCAUACAGUUGCACACAAACCUUCAGUAUGUAUGACACCCUCCACUGCACUUUGAGUGGUCUUUUCGCUCUCUUGCACCUGCUGCAAAUGACCUAAACCCAUAAGGUUCUCAUAGCCUAGCAGACCUUGUGGUCACCACACCAGCCAUUCUGAUGGCUUCAAAGGUUGCAUUGGCAAAGACUUAAAACCUAACAGGUGAUCGCUAAAGGAGUCGAGCCCUCACUACGCCUCUAUGCACCCAUAGCAGUGGCUCAUAAACUUCUAGACAGUACAUUUUACAACUCCUCGUACAUAUAAGGCACAGCAGCCACAUCUCGAGGAUGCCACUCUUGGAGCUUAGAGAGAAAUCAGCAUUAACAUCCCCUUGCUGUCCAGCCACGUUACUCAGUGGUCAGUGCACCAUUUAAAGCUUUCUUCCUCCCUUUUUCAGGGUAUGUAAUGACUAUUUGCUACAGACUGAUAUACAGUAAAAAUGUUUAAAAACAGUGCUUUUCUGUCUGUUUUUAUUGAACUUUUUGUUACUUAAAUUUUUUGUUGACAUUAUAUCAUUUUUUGGUUGACCUCUAUCCCUGUAUGAUCAUAUUAAAAUAUAACCAGACA